AAAUCUCUCAUAUUCUCGACUGGCUUCUCGAUAUAUGAGCGUUUUUUGUACUUCUUGAUGUAUUUAUGUAUCCUUCCUGAUAAAGUUACAACAGUCGUGCAAGGAGGCAGUCUACUGGAAGCAGGUUUGGCUGACGGUUCCAGCACAACAUUACCGUCAGAUGCUUUCAGCGAGCUAAGAAAACAAUCUCUUCUUUUGAUGAGGGAGCCGCUGUCGACGCUGCGCAAAAAUGUUACGGAGAAAAUUACAGAGAAAUGUCAUGUUGCCCUGAACGAUCAUCAAUUGAAGAUGUGUUUUAGACCAAUGAUGAAAGAGAGAUUGAACAUGGGGAUUUUCUACGAUUUGGAUCUGAAUUUUUGCGGAUACAUGUGCAUUUCGGCAGUCAGUUUCUGUGUGAAAGACGCUGCAAGAAAAGGAAAUCUUGUGGAAUCCAUAAAUGUCAAGAGUAAUGCUGUACAAACCGAACAUAUAUGCAUGCAAAUCUGCAACAAAUGUCUCUCAUGUGGUCUUUGUUUUUGUGAACACAUCUGUCAUGUUGGACAAUGUCCGAGAUGUUUGAAUUCAAGUAAGAACAAUACUGUCAUUGCGGGCGCAUUACGCGACCACCUCCAAUACCUUGUGCCGCAUACUGUCGAGCAGAUGGAUAUUCUAUUGCGAUCAACCAUGCCUAUCACAUGCUUAUGCGGCAACAAGACCGAAGAAAAAUUUACGACACGUUCGUCCUCUAACAAGACCUACAAUGCGAUACUCCUGGCUGCAUUGAACAAGUACUCAUCAAUCAUAUCAAACGAAGUGGAGUGCUUUGCAGCCAUGAGCACGUGUAGAAGAUACUAUUGCAUCAGGCACUGCACCGACGCUACGCAAUACAUUCUCGCGGAAGUGAUUGCAAGCGGCGGAAGACUGUCCGAAACGCUAGAUCAUGUCUCAUACAUCAAUCAGAGUGAAAUUUCUGAGCAUAUUCUAGCAAGCGUCAAUGAUGCCAUAAAGUCCUUUUCGAACAACAUCACAGUCACCAACUAUGAUCUGAUGCGUUACCUAAACGGACAAUUGAAGAAAUACUAUCAUGAGGGCAGGUGGGAAAUCCCUCAGCUCGCAAAUCUGGCAGAAGCUGAUUAUCUGCAGCCAAUAACGGAAGCCGGAACAUCAGGCACUCAAAACUUCGACUUCUCCAUGGAUUAUGAGAUGCUGCAAGCGCUUUCUGCAGAAACACAGAACUUAGGAUCUCCAACCAAAACUGCUAGCAGCCUUCUUAGCACACCAUGUGUGAAGCAUACAGAUUCAGGAUCAUCGAACAAGACUGCGAGCGGCUCCUACUUUUCGCCCGGGAAGGUGCCAACAUCUGACAGCGAAGCGGCACACGAAUUGGAAGAAACUGACCCCGCCCUGCUGGACAAAUAUUUUAUUGUCCAAGGGAAAAAGCUCUUAGAGCUUUUCAACCUCAGCAGGUGCGGGUGCAGCAAUGGCACCGAACCCGGAGAUGUGUGCCUGGAAGUGCACGCGUCUGCCGCUAUACCAAUCAUCAAGUACGUCACCAAAGGGCCGAAACCGGAAGUGAAAAAGUGGGAGGGCCAAGAAAAACUUGUAGAAGAUGUACACAAAAAGCUGUACAGCGGAACGACCCUAGCGUGCGCAGCCGCGAUAACGACAGGAGCGCGUUGGACUAAACUGAACAACUGGGCAUCAGAGAUGAAUCUGCUGUUGCCGUGUAGUACGACAUUCUACAAAAAUUUCAAAAGAAUAAUACCGUCGAUCGAAACGGUUUAUGACAAACAUGAAGCACAAACUAUCGUGCGUAUCAAGAACGCUUAUGAGAAUGAAGUCCAGCCCGGAUGGAAUAUAGCCAUUGACGGGGCUUACGACAGCAGAGGCCACAGUGCGGACUUCUGCAAAGUCCUCGCCAUCGAUCUGAAAACUGGACUAUGCGUGCAUACUGAAGUUGUGCACCGGUCAGAAACAGGUGGUAAGAGUGGACGCAUGGAGAAAGCCGGCUUCCACCGCAUACUGCGAUGGUUUAGAUCAAAGAAUAUUCCAAUUCACUCGAUCUCGACCGAUCGCAGUUACGCGUUCAAGACAGAGAUUGAGUCUUACAACGCUGAAUAUGGAGAUCAGGUCGAAAAGAGAAAGGAUUGCGAGGCGAUUCACGACUGGAAGGACCAUAUAAAGGCCCAUCUCUACCACUCUAUAAAACACGGUGCUCAAAACAACAGCGGAGAGGUAGUGAGGCACUACUUCAAUACGUGCAUCUAUCAUGUGGCAGACAUACAUCGAUGGCCUCAGAACACGCUCACAGGAGAUAUAACCCAUUGUGACCACCAAGGUCUACUUCCUGAAGACCGAGAAAAUAUCACCUGGGGAAGUUUAGCACACGACAAGCUAAAAGAGGUUAUUCUCCAGGAUGCGUUCCAGAAAGACAUCGCACUGGCUAGUCCCUAUGGUGGGACUAGCCAGUGCGAGUCCAAAAACUCGCUGGACCGUAUCUAUGGUCCAAAAGAAGUCUACCUGCCAUCAUCCACAUACUCGCUCUAUGCGAAAUUGUCGUCACUGCACAAAAACGCCUUACGAAUAGCAGAAUUGGGUGGGGAAAGAGUAGAACAGCGAGUGACCGUAGUCCACCGAAAAUUCAGUGAAAGGGAGAGUCACAUCGAACGCAAGACGCCUGUUGAACAUAUUUGGCGUAAGGAAAUCUGGAUAGAUUUCCUAUCACACUACAACGAACGAACAAAUAAUGAACAGGAUAUGGAGUACGAAGAACUUGUGACAUAA